GAUGAUUGCUUUCCAAACACAGGGACUUUCUCUUACCCAUCCACUCUUUUUUAAAACUUCAUUCUCUUCCGUUCAUUUCCUUAGCAAAUUCUUUCUCGGGCCAUUAUGCGUUCUUUCAUUACCCUCACCGGAUUGGCCAUUUUUUGUUCCUCAGUGGCGCUGGCCGCUCCUGCUCCUGCUCCAAUAGCCGCAGCCAAGUUCGAAAACCGUGCUAGUGCUUGCACUUUCUCUGGCUCCAAUGGUGCGGCUUUAGCCAGCAAGUCGAAAACUUCAUGCUCAACCAUUGUGUUGUCGAACGUUGCUGUGCCUGCGGGAACGACACUCGACCUGACUGGCCUCAAUGAGGGAACCAAGGUCAUCUUUGAGGGAACCACCACUUUUGGUUACAAAGAAUGGGCCGGUCCUCUCGUCUCAGUCUCUGGUUCCGACGUCACUGUUGAAGGUGCCCCUGGCGCAGUUCUCAACGGUGAUGGUGCACGUUGGUGGGACGGUAAGGGCAGCAACGGUGGCAAGAAAAAGCCCAAGUUCUUCUUUGCCCAUAACCUCAAGUCAUCGAAUAUCAGUAAUAUCAAGAUUGAAAACUCUCCUGUGCAAGUCUUCAGCAUUAACGGCGCUGAGACACUGAUUUUGGACUCUAUUACGAUCGACAACUCCGUAGGUGACUCCACUGGGGCCCAUAAUACUGACGCGUUUGAUGUCGGCGACUCCAAUGGUGUCACUAUCAGCAAUGCCAAUGUCCAGAAUCAGGAUGACUGUUUGGCCAUUAACUCCGGCACUAACAUCAUCUUCACCGGUGGUACUUGCUCUGGUGGUCAUGGCCUGUCUAUUGGUUCUGUUGGCGGCCGCUCCGAUAACACUGUUAAGACCGUCCACAUUGAAAAUUCGACCAUUAAGAACUCUCAAAAUGGCGUUCGUAUCAAGACUGUCUCUGGUGCCACUGGCUCUGUGUCCGGUGUAACCUAUAAGGACAUUACUCUUUCCGGCAUCACCAAGUACGGCAUCGUCAUCGAGCAGGACUAUGAGAAUGGCAGCCCUACAGGAAAACCUACAAGUGGUGUCCCUAUCACUGGACUGGCCAUCGAUGGUGUAACUGGCAGCGUCAGCAACUCCGCCACUGGGGUCUAUAUUCUUUGCGGCAAAGGCAGCUGCUCUAACUGGACCUGGGAAGGUGUUAAAAUCACUGGUGGAAAGAAGAGCAGCAAAUGCGAAAACAUUCCAAGCGCUGCAAGCUGUUAAAGGUCUGGGCAGGAAUUUUUCUUCUUUAUAAAGCUAUCUGAUUCUUCUGUUAAGAAUAGGAGAUACCUUGGUGUGUGUACGGGAAUCCCCAGGUGUUGAGUAUCAACACCGGAAUAUUAGUUAUUCCGUUUCACCUACCUGGGGAUAUCCCCUUUACUUGCAUGUAAUUAUCCUUCUCCCUUUUUGAGGGUCAGUCAUAAUAUUCGAAUAACAUCAAUAUUAUCAGGCUC